CAAGGUCCGGCGGCAUCCAAGGUGAGGAUGAAUGCCUUGCAUUCGGAGUCAGCUGAUCUGUCGUACUGUAAUGAAUGAAUGCUUCUUAUGAUACAAUACAGAUCCUCAUGUGCUUUCCAAAGCUUUCUGAGCUCCGAAGCUUUCUGAUCAACCUCAUUUAUACGGCAUGCUUUUUUUGUGGUCCGACCACAACCUUUACGUUAAUCCACAUGGAAAAAGAAAAUGUGUAAACUGCAAAUGAAGUCCCCUUCCUAUCCUCAUCAUCGAGCCACAAGCGCAAAAGUUGGAAGGCUUUAUUUUUGUUAAUUAUGUAUGCAUAAUUAAAGAGAGUCAAUUGCGUUCAAUUGACUGUAUGUGUAAGGUGCUGUUUCUUGCUUGUUCAUUCUACACCUGGUAGAAACAAAGCUUAAGGCGGAAUUUUAGACCUUUUGAUGCCCCGAACUUGCUCUAUAAAUACUCUCUUAUUCUCAUUCUUUUCCAUCUCGCCUCUGUCGUUGAUAUUGAAGCAGUCUGAAAUCAUCCAUAGCAGAGGAAGAAAACAAAGGCUUGAUUAGCAUUGCAGAUAUUCAAAUUUCAAAGAGAUGGCUAAGCUCAAAGUCAUCAUCUUGUUGGCAUUCUUCAUCUUGCUUGUCACCAUGGAAGUCGCCAUUGCUGCCAGCGAAGGUGAAGGCCCUGGCAAUGGCAAUGGCAAAGGGCAGGACAAUGGAAAAGGCAAGGAGAAGAAUGACGAGGACAAGGUCAAGGACAAGAAGAAAGAAGAUAAAAAGGAGAAAAAGCCAAAGAAGGAAUCAAAAGAUGAAGCAUCCAAUUACAAGAAGCUGUCGCCUCUGCCUUCGGGACAAGAACGAGCUUUCUGCCUUGCACAAGGAUCUUGUUAUUAUAAGAGCCUUACUUGCCCAGCCGAGUGCCCACGAAGAAAACCCAAGAAGAACAAGAGGCAAAAGGGUUGCUUCAUUGACUGCAGCAGCAAAUGCGAGGCCACCUGCAAGUAUAGAAAAGCCAACUGUGAUGGGUAUGGAUCUCUCUGCUACGACCCACGAUUUGUUGGCGGUGACGGUGUCAUGUUCUACUUCCAUGGAGCCAAAGGUGGCGACUUUGCUAUAGUUUCUGACGAUAAUCUCCAAAUCAAUGCCCAUUUCAUCGGAUCUAGACCCCAGGGAAGGACUCGUGACUUCACAUGGGUCCAAGCAAUUUCUGUCAUGUUUGACACACACACUCUCGUUGUAGCAGCGAACAGAGUGUCUCGCUGGGACGAUAAUGUCGAUUCUUUGAUGGUACAGUGGGAUGGGGAGGCAGUGAGCAUUCCUACUGGUGAAGAUGCUGAAUGGAAGAGUAACAGUGUAGAAAGAGAAGUGGAAGUGGAAAGAACAGAUGAAGCCAAUAGUGUGAGGGUGAAAGUUUCAGGCUUGUUAGAGAUUGACAUUAAGGUGAGACCCAUUGGAGGAGAAGAAAACAGAGUGCACAAUUAUCAGUUGCCUGCAGAUGAUGCUUUUGCUCAUUUGGAGACACAAUUCAGAUUCAAGAACCUUACAGAUAUGGUUGAAGGAGUUCUGGGUAAGACUUACAGGCCAGACUACGUGAGCCCAGUGAAGAGAGGGGUUCCCAUGCCAAUGAUGGGUGGGGAGGACAAAUACAGAACUCCUUCUCUGUUUUUACCUUUCUGCAAAGUUUGCAGGUUCCAGAGACCAUCUGGGUUUGCUGCUGAUGAAGGACUCCUCGCUAAAUACUGAUAAUCUUUAAAACAUGAAAAUAUAUUCUUUGCCAGAAAAAUAAGGGCGCCCAAUAUUGCCCACCGUCACUGUUCUCUUAAUUAAUAUAUGGAUUGUGGAGAUUUUAUGUACUAAAUAUACGUAACAACCAUCUGUUCAUCUUUUGGCAAUUCUUAUUCUCAUUGUUGUAUUUAUUCUUCCCAAUAAUGGAAGGUUUGAUUAUCCCAGUUUAAAAUAA